AUCCUUAUGCCAACGGAUGUAAUCAAGGGAAAGAAUAUCUCUUAUCUCUGGGCAUACAUGGUGAAAUUCCCAUGGGAUCAGAGCGGAUGGAGAUGCGAAAGAGGCAGAUGUCGGUGCAGCAGGAGUCGGUGGCGGGCACCACAGCACCGGCGCAGAACGAGCAGCCCGGCCAGGGAAACCGUGCCUCCAACGCCUGCUGCUUCUGUUGGUGCUGUUGCUGCAGCUGCUCCUGGAAUGAAGACAGAGAUGAGAGGAACCGGAGAGCCUCGUAUGACUUUAAAGCAGACGGGGAUGCAGACUUCGAGGAAAGUCCGAAACCAACUGCGGAGGAGAUCUGCCUAUGGGGGCAAUCCUUCGACAAACUGAUGAACUGCCCCGCUGGAAGAAGUGCCUUCCGGCAGUUUCUGCGCACUGAGUUCAGUGAGGAAAACAUGCUCUUCUGGUUGGCCUGCGAGGAGUUCAGAAAGGAGGCCAAUAAAAGCGUCAUCGAAGAGAAGGCACGGAUAAUAUAUGAAGACUACAUCUCUAUUCUCUCACCCAAAGAGGUGAGCCUCGACUCCAGAGUUCGGGAGGUUAUAAACAGGAACAUGCUAGAACCAACAUCCCACACGUUUGACGAUGCCCAGCUCCAGAUAUACACGUUAAUGCAAAGAGACUCAUACCCACGAUUCAUGAACUCCCCCGUCUACAAAAACCUGCUCAAGACAGUCUCUGAAACUCAGUCGGUGGAAUCUUAG